AACACUACUAUAUAACAAAUAAUUUGAGCGUGAUGAUCACUGUAUAGAAUGAAGUGACACGCUCUGGCUCACUACACGAUGAAAUGGAAACUGAUGGAGCACCAGCAACUGAAGAAACAAACACUACUGAGCAGCUGUUUGACAGCUUCCUCUACGAUGAUAACACCCUAUUAAAGACACUUGAGCAGUUUAGUGAGCUGAAAACCCUACUUAACCUUAACGAUGUUCCCCAUUACCAAUUCUUCAGCAAACUCAAAGCCCAUUUCUCCUCCUGGAGACAUACCUCCUUUAUGGAGAUCCUACAGCGGCGUCUCAACGUUAAAGAUUAUGUGAGCUGUGUGGAGAAGUGUAAAGACUGUAACAUCUUCAUUAUCGGAGCUGGUCCAUGUGGUCUGCGCAGUGCAAUAGAGGCAGCCCUCUGCGGGGCAUAUGUGGUAGUAGGAGAAAAGCGUACUAGUUUCACACGUAACAACGUGUUACAUCUCUGGCCAUAUCUCAUACACGAUCUGCGGAACCUGGGAGUCAAGAAACUGUACGGCAUGUUCUGUGCUGGCUCUCUAGAUCAUAUAAGUAUCAGACGGCUGCAGCUCAUCCUCAUGAAGAUUGCACUUGUUCUGGGGGUGAAGGUUUUCACCAACACUUCCUUCGUGGAGUUCCUCGAACCGUGCAAUACUACGGGCUGGCGUAUCAGCGUCAAACCCAGCAAUACCGAAAUCGAGAUGACGGAUUUUGAUGUUCUAGUGGGAGCUGACGGGAAACGAAAUUCUAUUCCUGGAUUCCAGAGAAAAGAGUUUCGAGCUAAACUAGCUAUAGGUAUUACGGCGAACUUCAAGAACAAGAAAAGUGAAGAUGAAGCUAAGAUUGAAGAAAUUAGUGGUGUAGCUGCGCUCUUUAAUCAGAAGUUCUUUGCUGAUCUCAAAUCAGAAACAGACAUAGACUUAGAGAAUAUCGUCUACUAUAAAGAUGAUACCCACUACUUUGUGAUGACCGCCAAGAAACAGUGUUUACUAAAAAAAGGGGUGCUAAAAGAGGACCACGGUGACGUGAUAAAGCUGCUAGCGUACCAGAACGUGGAUAAUCCCUCACUCCUGAACUUCGUGUCUGAAGCAGCAGACUUCAGUACAGGGCUCCCUCACACUGACUUUGCAGUGAACCCGGACAAUAAUAGACCUGAUGUCGCUAUCUUUGAUUUCACAUCCAUGUACAGUGCGGAGUACGCUGCCAAGAUUCUCGAACGGAGGGGGAAACGACUCAUUAUCGGAUUGGUAGGGGACGGUCUUAUGGAGCCGUUCUGGCCCCUGGGAACAGGCUGUGCAAGAGGUUUCUUAUCCUGUAUGGACCUUAUGUGGAUGAUUCAGCAGCAUCAAUCAGGGACAAAACCCAAAGAGCUGCUUGAGGAGAGGAUGGCACUGUUCAAGAUACUUCAUCAAACUAGCAACGAGAACAUGAACAAGAAACACAGCGCCUACACUAUGAACCCCAAAUCAAGGUACAGGUUGAUACCCAAGUAUAGUGAGGAUUUGUCCUUUCUUUAUGAGAAUGACGAUAAAGAGAACGUUAAUAAACAAGACCGCAUCGAGAAUUACUCGCCCGAAAAGACGUCGCCUAACAAACGACUGGCCGGAGAAACAACAGAAACAGUUCACAAACAAUGGAAAAAGAGCACGUUUGCGCGCACGCGCAAGCCCAAGAACCCCUCGAACGAGAGCGGGGUGUUGGCGAAGAAGCGCUCACUGAGUCCCUCACGUAGCGAUGAUCAGGAGACCCUGAGAAAGUGGUGCAGUGACAGACUGAAACUGAUCCUACCUUACCUGCCCGUUACAGAUCUAGAUACCUGCUGGAGGGACGGAGUCUUACUUUGUGGUCUGGUUCAUCUCUGCUCUCCUAAAGACAUGGAUAUGAGUGUUGUAAAGAGUAACUCUGACUCCCAGAAUGUGGACCUGGCUAUCUCCGUAAUGUUUAACGAGUUGGGUAUACAGACCCUGACUGCGCAGGACGUCCUACCUCCGUCAGGUCCUGACCUCCUCGCUAUCAUCUCCACCAUCUUAGAGCUGCAGAAAGUUUACCAGGAGCUAGAGAAAGGUAUUAAGCGCUCCAAACCGCUCCGUUCUCUCCCGCCACCGACGGUCGACAAUGUGUUGUUGGACAAUAAGCCGGUGAAGAAGACAAAGUUAGCUACAAGUGAGAAUGAGAAACCUGCCAGCCAACCCGCCCUGCCUGCCAGCGAACCUACUGCAGUGGACCUGUCCGCCACAUCUCCCGAUAAAGUAGCUGCCACCCCAGAGAAACCAACACCAAUGUUAGACCAACCAUCACCUGGCGAUCUCAAAAGAGGGUACACAGUCAGAGGAAACUCAGGAAGAAAACUGAAGCUAAAUUCAUUGCUCAAGUGGAUAAUGUUGAAGUGCUUCCUUCCACCACCCCUAAGAAACACACUCCCAACAAAGGUUCCCAGAAGUGCCACACUUGUGCACUCAGUGUACUGGUGCUCAAACGUGUCGCUAUUGAGGGGUAUGUGUUCCACCGGAAGUGUUUCGUGUGUGAGGAUUGUCAGACUCUACUGAAGACCUCAACCUACCAUCUCAUAACAUCACCUGACCCUGACACUCCUGGACGAUUCUUCUGUAAGAAGCAUUUUAACGAUAUAGUGAACCGAAGCCGAGAGAUGAAGAAGAGUCUGUUGGGACAGAAGAAACCUCCUACGAGGAGUAAGGAGAAGAAACAAGCUCGUCCUGUGUCUGCCUGUUACGAUUCCAUGAAGAUGUCUAACAGAACGUUCCGUCCGUCCACCCCUGACGUUCCUGAAGAUGACAUCCCAGAAAUAGUCCCAACAAAACCAGAUCCAAAACCAGAAAAGCCCUCCAAAACAGAAACCAGCCCUGCCAGACCACUGAAGACUCUUCCCGCCACACCAGCCAUUAAGGAUAAGAUGCCCUCCGCGGAUGCUCGCUAUCGUGACACAGCAUUGGAGAUACACCGCGACAAAGCUGGUAACAAACGGAGACCAGAGUCACCAGCCUCAAAACAGAAACGGAGACCAGAGUCACCAGCCUCAAAACAGAAAGCUGUCACUCCUGCAAGUAAGCGACCUAAAUCUCCAGACACCAACCCCUUCGCGAGCGCUAUGUCUCCUAAGCUGACAGGGAGGGUGAAGAUAACGGAGACAAAGUCUCCAGAGCUGGCGAGAACAAGGACUGCUAGCACCAGGAAGGAGAAACCCACCUCUGCCGCUAACAAAGUCUCUUCUUACCAUGAAGAUCUACCUAUGGAAGGACUACCAGACAACAGUCUCUCAAAGUCAGCCUCUAACCGUCCACCACCCCCAAUAGACCAUCUACCUUCAGAAGGGAUGCCUAGUCAGGGUCUCCCCAUCAGUAGCAAUGUUACUGUCCGCAAGAAGAGUAAGAAGACACACAAGGCACCCCCUGCUCCCAAACCACGUGAUAAACCACGUGAUAAAUCACGUGAUAAACCACGUGAUAAGUCCAACUCGGUGGGCUCCUUACUCUCCUCAGAUGCUAGGGAGAGGAGCAGGACUAUGUCUCCUUCUUCUAACAACUUCAAGAAGAAGGGGGAUAAGUCUAAGGACUUUGUUGCUGAUGAGGUGGAUACUGAGCCCGUGACAUCCCCAUCAGCUGUACCACUUUCACCCCCUCCCAGCGAAACUCUUUCCGAAGAUAAACCCGCUCCUGCAGAUAAACCCACUCCUGACAUCGCAUCAGGGAUAAAAGGAAGAGUAAUAAAAGAUGCUGCACCAAGUAAACCUGCUGCGAAAGCUCCUGCAAAACCAAAACCGGUCACAAGACAUACGAGAGCAGGAAGUAUGACCAAUGUGGACACUUACAUUCCAGAUUACACUAAACAAAUGCAGGACGAUAUCAGCAAUCAAGUGGAAGAAGGAGGGCCCGUGUCAGUUAAAGAUCGCAUCAAGCUAUUAACUCAGAGAGAUCUCCAAACCUCAGCUUCCUUCUCAGCCGGGCCCAGAAAGAGAAUAGAAGUGUCCACAGAUCUGAAGAAGUCAGUCACUAGGGAUGGAACCAGAAUAGCUGCUGCUAGAGGAUCAGUGGAAGCGGACUCUACACCAGCUAACAAGUUCACACGAGAGAAAAACAUUCGUAGGAAGCGACUCCGUAUGAAACCAACUAACAAGAUGAAUCAACGUCGCCUGGCGCAGGCUCAAACCAUUCAGCGGGAUCGAAGUUUGUUGGAACAAAAGAUGAAUGAAUUCGAAAACACGGCCGCCGAAAUUGAGAUGUUGCUAAGAGAUAGUGGUAACGACGAUAAGGGCUUACUGUCACAGUUCCUUGAGCUUGUUAACAUGAAGAACGAAAUGACAAGACGUGAAAACGAGCUCCACCUUUGCGAAAAGUAUCUGCAACUUAUGGAUGAACAAGAUCAGAUAGAACGAGACUUAAGAUAUCUCCUGGAAAUGAAGGAGGCUGAGAAACAAGAUGAAGACUAUUUAGAAGAGGAGGAACUGAUUUUAAAGAAGUUCGAUGUUGUGAAUAAACGGGAUUACCUGCUUACUCAGCUGGACGAGAAUAAGAGAAGGGAGGAGGAGGAAAACAAGAUGAUUGAGGAGAUGUUGGUCAGCAAGGGCAUGUCCUCGAAACAGUACUCCUACAACACAGAGAGCUUCAUAACUAUUGAGUCACUGCUCGAGCCUGAUGACGAGAAGCCUGAUGAUGAGGUGGAAGACACUUUGGAAAUGUUCGAACAGGAAACCGCUCAGGUUCAGCGGAGAAAUAAAAAAGGCCGUAAAGACGGAGACGAAAAUGCGAUUUCUCGUUUCUUCAACAGAAUGAGCUUAUUCAAUUGAAAUGGCGUCACAAUGUGACAAAUCACGUGACUCUUCGAAAAAUGUAAUGUAUUAUUAUAUGUUAUACUUUUCCAUUUUAAUUUGACUUGAAAUGUUUUUAUUGUAAAAGUUUUUCUGAUUCUGAUUUUUGGGGUUUUAUAUUAUACUUUCUGUAUUUAUAGUGAAGAGUUUUCCGUAGAUGAUUUGUUACGUAGCCUUUUUAGCGAACUUUUACGAUUUUUAUAUUAAAAUCAAGAUCGAUGUUAUUUAAUGAAUAAUUGUGAAAUGAUUAAAUUAUCCCAGCAGUCAGUAUGCUAGUCAGAGUUAAUUCAAAUUAAUUGCAGCCAAUUUAAAUUGUAAAAUAAUUGAACUUAUUUUCUGAAACAAUCUGAUUUAUGAAAAUUUGCCCUGGGACACUGCGGCACAAUCCUCA